GCUCGAAAUUGCUCUCUAAAUGUCCAGUGUUGUAGAAACGUUAAAUGAAUUAUUAGACGAAUGGCUAGAAAAAUCUAGAGCUCUUAAUUAUUCUCCAAUUUCUAUAUUAGAAAAAUUAUGCGAUUUAGUUGAAGAGCAAACUGAAAUAUUUUACAAAAUUGACCCUGAUCCGUUUGAUGAGCGCCAUCCAUCAAGAAUUGAUCCUGAUGGAGGUUUAGGGAUGGUGCUUAAAGCCAUUCUUAAACAUGAUGAUUUUAUGAACACAUUAGUUGAUAAUUACAUGAAUACAAGAAACUAUUCGAUUAAAGAUGACAGUCAUAUAAUAUCUACCUCAUGUCGACUUUUUCUUGAUAUAUUACCAGGAAUGGAAACCUCAUUUGUACUAUCUGAAGCAGAAGGGCUACUAUCACGAUUAUACAAAUGGGCAGAAGAAGCUCCAGAACCAUUGAGUUCUUAUUCAGUUGGUAUAAUUGCAUCAGCUAUGGAAAUUCCUGAAUUAGCAGGGGAAUCCAAAGAGAAUAAUGCACAUCUUGUACCAAUAAUGAUUAAAAGACUUAAAACAUUAUGUAAUGAGUUUAAAUCUAAUCAAAAUGAGAUGCAGCUACCACCUUUAAAAUGUGAGGCUAUGCCUCAAAGAGCAUUUUCAGAAAUAUUUAAUUCCACAUCCAAUUUAGAAAAUAGUCCAGAAAAUUUGGAAACUACAUUACAACCUAAAAAGCGUAAAAAUAAUUUGGGAAUAGAAACACAAAAAUCUCUAAAAUCAAAACGUCUAAAGAUGAAAAGAGAUGACACUAGUUUUAUUGACACCAAUAGCAAUUCAAAUUGGGCAGAAAUGCAACCUCAUAUUAUAGGAUCUUAUAAAAUGAGCCCACUGACCUCUCAAAUGAAACAGAGACUAAUACUCAAAUAUUUAACAGCUCUUGGUGGUUAUCAAGAGCAUGUACCUGCAAUUUUCGAGUUUGAUGCCUUGAACCUCUUAUUCCAUUACAUAGAUCUAGCUACACCAAACACUCAACACCCAGAAUCGGAAUUGAUUGAUGCAUGCUUAACUUUCAAAGCUUUGCAUUACUUAGCAAGCCUAUUUGUUCACAAAAAAUUUGCCUUAGCUUUUAUAAACUCUGGGGGCCUUCAAAAAUUGUUGGAAAUAAGGCGACCUUCAAUGGCUGCCACUGGAGUUAGCUUAUGUUUGUAUUAUUUGGCUUAUUAUGAAGAGGCUAUGGAGAGGAUAUGCCAAUUACCUUAUGCUGUUCUGGAAAAGUUGAUAGAAUAUAUAUUAUGGUUAUUGGUUUGUUCUCAUCAAUCUGGUAGAACUCACGCAGUUCUGUUUUUCUCUGUAUCAUUCCCUUUCAAAAUCAUAUUGGAUAUCUUCGAUUGUCAAGAUGGACUCAGGAAGUUGUAUAAUAACCUAAGCACUCUGGAUAUUUUUGAUGACGACAACAAUGCAUUUGUCAGCGAUGACGAUGUAUUCGUUAAAAGGCAAUCUUGCAGGUAUAGUAUAAUGGCGCUUAAAAGAUAUCUCGAAGCUCAGCUUAUCCUUAUCACAACUAGGGGCUUGAUCUGUAAUAAUAUUAAAAAGUCACAAAGUACAGAUCUAGAUAGUUUUAUGGUCGACAAUGAUGGCCCUCAAAGGGACAAAUUGCACCUUUCAUAUAAUCCUCAAGUGGUUCACAAAGAGCUAGGUGAAAGCAAUGUCAUUACUCAAAGUCUUAGUAGGCCUCGCGUUCAUUGGGAUACUAAACCACUUAAACUCACCCCCGAGGUUAUAGUAUCAGCUAUUAAAAUUAUAUCCGAAACAUACCAUAAUCUCAGUGAGUGGAACUGCAUCCAGGAGCUGCUUAAAUUGGGCGUGAUUCCUUUGCUACUUAAACUUAUUUUAUUGGUAGGGGAAUGGGCGUUUCAUGGCAGGAGUGAAAUAGUUAGAAAUGCUUUGGAUAUUUUAAAAUACGCCACACUUCUUAAUCCGAUCACUCAGUCCCAGCUCUGCAAAACUCAGACUUUCCCAUCUUGUAACACAAACAUUUCUAUAACUGCCCACCCCAGUGAUAAUCAAGACGCUACAACUGGUAUAUCUGUUCUUUUAGCAUGUGCCGAAGCCUGCUUUGUCAACGACUCUGAGGUGCAGAAAAGUGCACUUAACGUUAUUGGUAAUUGUCUCGACGCCAAAAUCUUUUCUAACCCCAACACUUCUAGCACCAUUUUAAUAGACGACAUGGGUAAAGCGGAUAAGUCAUUUGUAUCCCACAAACGUAGAUCAAUAAAAAGCGCUGAGGAUGUUUUCAACAAGAUAUGGAGAUGUAUUCGUAACAACAACGGUUUAAUGGUUUUGUUAAAUUUGCUCACCAUCCGAACACCUAUCACGGACGCCGACGAAAUUCGUUAUCUAGCCUGCAAAGCUCUUUGUGGCUUACUGAAAAGCGAUACGGUUCUUCAGAUCAUGUCCAAGUUACCCCUUUUUAAUAAUGGACAAUUUCAACAAUUGAUGAAGGAACCCAUUCUUCAAGACAACCUUUCAAUUCAUCUUCAAUUUUGUCAAUAUGCAAAGCAACUCAUACAAACCAUCAAGGGACAAAAAUCACCCUCAAUAAUGGCCCAUCUAUCUUUGGAUCAAAUGUACAGGGCCAACGUAGUCGCCCAAACCAAGAUCAGGUUCAGUAAGAAAGAACUACUUCAUCUCAUUUACAAUUACCUCAUGGAACAAGGUUUUAAAUCGGCCUCAUCCGCUCUUUUCCAAGAAGCAAGGGAUGUCUUGUUCUCCAGCAAAGAAUCCUAUAACGACGACAUAUACACUUACAGUGGUAAUUCUAUCAAUAGCACAUUGACUCUAUUAAACACUCCCAUCGCCAAUUCCUUCAAACACGAUCAUCAAUCUACUUCCAUAUUCACGAUUCGGGGGUUACCUUGUAAACACAGAGCUUUUCAAAAUUAUCCUGCCCUUAAACCUAGCUAUAACGCAUCUUCUCACAGUGAAAAUAAUGGUAUGAAUACUACAGAAUCGCCUAUUAUUUCAUCUACCAACUCUCUUCUGCUGGCUUCGCAUUAUAAGAAGAGUAAAAAUGACAAAGUGUUUCAGAGUAAUACCAAUUUCAGAGAUAAACAUAAUAAUUUUGGGGAAAUUUGUAUCACUCCCAUCAAAGGUGUCGGAAGCAAGCCUAAUUCAAUACAGAGUGGUGGUAGUAGAAAGGACAUUAAAUGCAAAAGCAAGUGUAAGAAUAAAAAAAAUAGCAGUGAUAAUAACGGUAUUGAUCAUCGAUUCCAAGAAUUUAAAAAUAAUUACAGUACCCCAAAUAGCGGUAUAAACUUAAUGAGAGAAAUAUCGCAGGUGGUAGAUAGAAGCUUUGGUGGUACCUCACCUACCAAAAAGCUUAAAAUGAUUGUAUCCAAGAAUUCGCUUGUCUCGAAUGACUCCUCUAUAUCCGGUGGAAAUAAACCUCAUAGUACUAGUAAAUUUAAAAAGGGUAAUGCCUCUAAUAACAGUAACAAUGCUAUACACGAACCAAUGAAUCCGACAGAUAGUCAAAACCUUAAUAUCCAUAACAACCCACUUCAUCAUUCCAUGUCAUCGCCCCCGCCACUUGAGCUCAACUUUAGUACCUCUUUAAAUACGAUCAAUUCUAAUUUGAACCAAUCGGAACCCAAAAAGCCUAAUUGGCAAAGGAGUAACAGCGUUUUCUACCAGCAGAGUCCUGCUCUCAGGAAACUCCACAACAUACAAAAACUGAGCGAAACUGCUGUGAAACUGGAAAAUAUCGUGACCGAAUACCUAAGGGAACAACAUUCGCAUUGUCAAAACCCCAUGGCAAUAUGUCCUCCUUUCUCUCUCCUGCUACCCCAUCAAUGCCCAAUAGCGAGGAAUAGAAGAUGCGCGCCAUUUAAUAUCGCCAGACGAUAUUCGCAAAUUCCAACCUAUCCAUUGUACGGAGGUUUAGACGGGAAAUUGCUCAACAAAAAAUUCGUUUAUGGUAGAAUGCGAGGUGUCAAAGUUAUCAGAGAUGCAGAAGACGACUCCUUGUUUACUUGUUGCACCUUUCAAAAAAACAAUCUAAACACCUUAUUCAUCGGAACCGAGACGGGUGACUUGAAAUGCUAUAACCUUGACACCGGUCUGGAAGAAUGCACAUACAGUCUGUCCACCUCUGCUGAUAAUUCCGACUCAGAUCCUGACCCUGGGGAUCCUGUACUUUGGUGCAAAAUUUGGCCCCAAUUGUUCAAUCAAAAUAGUAGCAGCUACAAUGCCGCUUCACCUGCCAACAAUCAUGGAGGACAAGUGGUUUUAACUCACACGUAUCGCAGUUGGCAACACACUUCCUACCUUUGGGUUCUGACGGACCCUUCUACUACUAAUACCAAUUCGAUCGCCGCCACCACUCAUUUUCUCAAGCCUAAGCACCGGUUCCAAGAUUUGGAAUAUCCAGUGUUCAAUAAUAUGGGUUCUAAACCUUACAGAAUUCUAGGGACAGAUAGUGAUAAAGCAUUGCUCUACGACAUAGAAACGGGUCUCAAGUUGACAACCUUUUACGAAGCUUCCCUUUCGAAUUCUUACACCAAAAACCGGGCCGUAUUUUCUCCGAACGACGAGCGGAUUCUUUCUGAUGGCAUAUUGUGGGAUGCCGAGACUGGUCACUGGAUUCACAAAUUCGAUAAGCUUAACCCUAAUAUAUCGGGCCUUUUUCAUCCAAACGGUUACGAAGUCGUCAUUAAUAGCGAAAUUUGGGAUUUAAGAACUUACAAACUAUUGAAAACAAUACCAUCCUUGGACCAAUGCAGGCUAACCUUUAACCCUACUAACGAAAUUAUUUACGGAAUGAGAUAUCUCGACAUCAUGGAUGAGGAUAGGCUUAAUUCUGAUCAAGGUAUACUGUCCGCUUCUCGUUAUGACACUUCAAUCAAAAUUUUGGAUUCUAAUACCGAUAACAAUAAUCAAAUCGCUACGGUGGACAUACGUCGUCUCAUGUAUGAUAUGUGCCCUGAAUCUAGCGAUAGAUAUUUAGCUAUAGUUGAAGGGGACUCUCUUUUCAGGGAUACGAAUAUUGGAAACAUAAAUACCGGAUCUGGUCUUGGUCCGGGUGCAGGUAACAUUAACAAUAAUCCGACAAAUCCUGCUUCUAACACCUUUCAUCACUUGAAUCCUACCUCUAACAAUGUUUUCGGUGCUCUGCUCAAUGACGAUUUCGAAGAUCGACGCGUAUGCCGGAUAUACGAAAUAGGACGAUCUAAAGAUCCGCUUCUCAGAGAGGUGGAAGAGGAGGAAACGGAAGCAGAGCCAGAUAUAGAAUCGGGAAUGUCAAGCGAGGAAGAUGAAUACGGAGAUUUCACGAUGACGGAAUUAUCAAAUUCCGACUCUGAUUCUGACUCGACUGAUUCUUCGUCUAGUUCUUCGUCUCACAUACCAACCGUUGAUUCUUCUUCCGCACGCGAAAAUGCUGUUAAUAUUGAAGCUACUGCUCACGCGCGUUCUCCAGGCAGCAGCUCGAGGCGAAGACGAACGCGCUUGCGCAGACGUGAGCGAAGACCGCGAAGUAAUAUGACGACUACUACAUCGGCCAGCAGUACCCUCUACAACAUGGCAGACGCGGUUUACCCAGAACAGGGGAACAAUAAUAAUACAACUAAUCAAGUUGGAACCUCGAUUGAUAAUCCUGUUAAUACUACAAUCAUCACUUCCACUUCCGAAAACCUUACAACCACUAUCAACUCAUUAAACCAAAAUGAUUCUUCCACUACUACAAGCAGAACCCCUAGAACUAGGAAUUCUACCAAUACCUCCACAAGCACCGCAUCAAAUAGAGGAAACAGACGGAGGAGAAGGGGCGACAGUGGUACCAUUAUAAUUGCGACUACGGCCGACCUUAUCCCUUCUUCUGCGAAUAGAAACACAACAUCCAGUCAAGCCCGACGAAGAUCUAACAGGCUACUGAAUUGUAACAACAGCAGGUACGGUAGGCGUACGCCAAGGCGUAACGAAAAUUCGUCCGUAUACUUUAACGAGUACGAAGUGGUAGAGGAAGGAAACGAAGAUGAAGAAGACGAAAGUUGAAGGAUAUAUAGAGAGAAGAAAAAAUAGUUCAUGUUCAAAAAUUUAUAAAUUUGAAUGAGAUUAUUGAUUUUUUUUUGUAACACGUUAGAAGAUAAGGAAAUCUAAUUGUGCCCAAGUUUUUUUUAAUCCUUUUGAAAUUCUCAAUUUAUCUAAUCUUACAUUUAAGUUAUUAUUUAAGGCGAAAUAACCUUAUUUCAAACUUAUUUUGAUUUGAAGUGAGUCGUAGCUCUUCAAAUUUAUAACUUUAGUGUUUUUAUUCCAGUUCUAUAUCUAAUCUAAUUUUAUUAUUUUAUGGACAAAAAAAUAUGACUAGUCAAAU